UUUUACAGGUUACAUUUGUAGAAGACACAAGCUCAAAAAUGAGUGUUUCUGGAGAACAGGACACAAAGAAAAAUGAAAGUCACCAGAGUAAAAGACCAGAUUCACCUGAACCCAGCUGUGUGUCCAUGAAGAGUGAUCAGUCAAUGGUUUCUCCAAUAUCAUUCAGAGACAGAGACACUAGUACUGAACAGAGUCUUACACAGGGUAAGAAAUCAGACUCACAUGAACCCAGCUCUGUGUCCAUAAAGACUGACCAGUCAUUGACUCAUCCACCACAUGUAGAAGACCCGAGUUUGAGUCAUCAGGAUAAAAGACCGGAUUCACCUGAACCCAGCCGUGUGUCCUUGAAGAGUGAUCGGUCAAUGAGAGCUGAAAUAUUUUUUGGAGAGUCUAGUACUGAACAAAGUUGGACACAGGAUCAGAGAUCAGACUCACGUGAAUCCAGCUCUGUGUCCAUAAAGACUGACCAGUCAAUGACUUCUCCACCAUAUGAUCUGAGAUCCCCCAAAACUGCAGUGAAACCAAAAAUAAGUUGCGAAAACCUGGAGUCUGUAUUUAAGGAGCUGGAGCACAAAGUCAUCAGUCUGUUAAAGAAUGAGCUGAAGAGAUUUAAGAAGCUUCUGAGUCCAGAUUACCCAGCAUGCUCUGAGAGGGAGGGGGAGGAUGAGGAGGUUCAGAGCAGUGUCAGAGAGGGAGUGCUGAAGAUCACACUGCACUUCCUGAAGAACAUGAACCUCACAGAUCUCGCUAACACACUGCAGGAUAAGCUUGCCUAUGGUAAUCAGCAGAAACUCAAAACCACACUGAGAGAGAAAUGUAAAAGAAUUAAUGAAGGAAUCUCACAGCCUGGAAGUUCAGCACUUCUGAAUGAGAUCUACACAGAUCUCUACAUCACAGAGGGCUGGAGUGGAGACGUCAAUAAUGAACAUGAGGUGAGACAGAUUGAGACAGCGUCCAGGAGACCAGCAGCACAGGAGACACCCAUCAAAUGUAAUGAUCUCUUUAAAGACAAGUCCAUCAGAAGAGUGCUGACUAAAGGAGUUGCUGGAAUUGGAAAAACAGUCUCUGUGCAGAAGUUCAUUCUGGACUGGACUGAAGGAAAAGCAAAUCAGGACGUCACCUUCAUGUUUCCACUUCCCUUUAGAGAGCUGAAUCUGAUGAAGCAGAAAAAUCUCAGUAUGAUGGAGCUUCUUCAUCACUUUUUCCCAGAAAUAAAAGAAUUAGGAUUAAUAGACUGUGAGAUCAACAAAGUCCUGUUCAUCUUUGAUGGUCUGGAUGAGUGUCGACUUCCUCUAAAUUUCCAGAAGAAUGAGAGAUUAUGUGAUGUGACAGAGUCAGCCUCAGUGGAUGUGCUGCUGACGAACCUCAUCAAGGGGAAUCUGCUUCCCUCUGCUCUCCUCUGGAUAACCUCUCGACCAGGAGCAGCCAAUCAGAUCCCUCCUGAGUGUGUAGACCAGGUGACAGAGGUACGAGGGUUCAGUGAUCCUCAGAAAGAGGAGUACUUCAGGAAGAGGAUCCGUGAUCAGAGCCUGGCCAAUAAAAUCAUCUCACACAUGAAGUCUUCAAGAAGCCUCUACAUCAUGUGCCACAUCCCAGUCUUCUGCUGGAUCUCAGCCACUGUUCUAGAGAGAAUGUUGGGUGAAGCAGAGAGUGGAGAGAUCCCCAAGGCUCUGACUCAAAUGUUCACACACUUCCUGAUCUUUCAGAUCAAACACAAGGACCAAAAGUACCAUCAGAAAUGUGACCCUGAUCCUCAGCAGACCAGAGAGAGUAUCCUGGCACUGGGAAAACUGGCUUUCCAACAGCUGGAGAAAGGAAACCUGAUCUUCUAUGAGGAAGACCUGAGAGAGUGUGGCAUUGAUGUGAGAGAAGUGUCAGUGUACUCAGGAGUGUGUACCCAAAUCUUCAGAGAGGAGUUUGGGCUUCACCUGGGGAAGGUGUUCAGCUUUGUACAUCUGAGUGUUCAGGAGUUUCUGGCUGCUUUAUACACAUUUCUCUCCUUCAUCAUCAGAAAUAUCAGAGAACACCAAACUACUGAUCUGUCUGAUCUUCUCACCAAGUCAAACAUGUCUGAUCUCCUCAGAAGUGCAGUGGACAAGGCCUUACAGAGUGAGAAUGGACAUCUGAAUCUGUUCCUCCGCUUCCUUCUGGGUCUCUCACUGGAGUCCAAUCAGAUUCUCUUACGAGACCUACUGCCCCAGACAGGAAGCAGCUCUCACAGCAAACAGGAAACAGUCGAGUACAUCAAGAAGAAGAUCAGGGAGAAUCCAUCUCCAGAAAAAUCCAUCAAUCUGUUCCACUGUCUGAAUGAACUGAAUGAUCAUUCUCUAGUGCAGGAAGUCCAACAUUACCUGAACAGAGAAGAUAUCUGGUGUCUCAGUGGAGACAGUCUCUCUCCUGCUCAGUGGUCAGCUCUGGUGUUUGUGUUGCUGAACUCAGAACAGGAGCUGGAUGUGUUUGUUUUGAGGAAAUUUCAGAUAUCAGAGGAAUGUCUCAGUAGGUUGAUGCCAGUCAUGAAAAUAUCAAGAAAGGCAGACCUGUUCCACUGUAAUCUCACGGAGGAAAGCUGUAGAGUUCUGUCCUCAGUUCUCAGCUCAACCUCCUCCAGUCUGAAAGAACUGGACCUGGGGGAGAAUUAUUUCCUGCGGGAUUCAGGAGUGAAGCUGCUCUCUGCUGGACUGGAGAAUCCAAACUGUACACUGGAGAUACUGAAUCUGCGUCAGUGUAAUCUCACAGAGGAAAGCUGUAGAGUUCUGUCCUCAGUUCUCAGAUCAAACUCCUCCAGACUGAGAGAACUGGACCUGAGUUACAAUAAACUGCAGGAUUCAGGAGUGAAGCUGCUCUCUGCUGGACUGGAGAAUCCACACUGUACACUGGAGAAACUGAGGUUGGUAGGCUGCAGUAUUACAGGUGAAGGUUGUGCUGCUCUGGUUUCAGCUUUGAGGUCAAACCCCUCAUCACACCUGAGAGAACUUCAUGUGUACUGGAAUAAACCAGGAGAAUCAGGAGUGAAGCUGCUCUCUGAUCUACUGAAGGAUCCACACUGUAAACUGGAGAAAAUACAGUUGGAGCAGUUUUUUAGUCUCAGACGCAACAGAUUAUGAGGAAAAACAUAAUGCAGUGUUUUAAAGAAAAGCUGAAAGAGUGGAACUAUGAUGUCUUACUUUUCACAUUUAUUGAUAAUAAUGAAGUAAAGAUUUUGCUUUUAUAAUGUUUUGUUCUGGUUAAUCAGAUGGUGUAUGUAAGAAUGCAGAGCUUUAUUUUUCUCCACUAUUUCAUGUUUACAAUCAGAGAAGUAAUAAUGUAAACCUACAUCUGUGUAAUCUAAUAUCAUGUAGCUACAAUACAGAAACUGAACAGUAAUGAAUCUUUUCUUAUUAAUACGUCAAUUCACUUUUUCUUAUUAAAACAUUUUAACAGCAAAACAGGACUUUAUUGUACCUAUAAUGUGGCAAUGUGUCCCCAUAUAAAGCUUUACUAUAGUUGUAACUGAACAGGAGUAUAGAUGUAUUAAGUUGUAUCUAAUUAUACAUACUUUCCUAUUGGAUUGUGUAUAUAUAAUUUCCUAUGCUGAUAGAGAUGUAUAAUUUGGGUGAUUUUGUCAAUAAUAAUAAUGAAUAAUUAAAGAAAAUUGAAUUGUCAAUUAAAAUGAAUGACCUAUU